UGCUCUGGAGAACGCCUUGCCGAAGCAAAGUCGGAUGAAAAAAGUAACGUCAGUGCCGAAGUGAAAUCUACGAAUAAAUUGAUUCACAGCGAUGGUGCGGCGUUGCUAUUUGCUGACGAGCUGAAGCAAGUCAUCGAGAAGUACAUGUUCGGAAUAUGUCCUCAGCCAUACAAGUCGCGUUGGUCGCAGAUGGUGGGCAGCAAGAAGAACAGCACCACCCCAACAUGUGACCUCGAUGCUGAUCAGCAGGACCUUGCUGGCAGGCUAGCAACACUAGCGCUGCGUGUGCACUCCGUGUCCCGCACGGACUGCGCGCGCUUCGGCGCCGCACUCGCGAACACGUUCGGGGAACUCGCACGCACCGCCUCCAACAGACAAGUACUGGCCGCCGCCGUCGCGAAUGAGAAAAAACGAAAAUUAUCGAAGAGUCAAAAGGCGAAAAUUGCCGCGAAACAGCGAACAGCGCUCGCUGUCAAGAAGAAGGCAGCCGCCGUCGCCGCGGCAGCCGCUGCCAAGAUGGCCACCUCCUAAUUACUUUAGUGCCUAAUAAAAAUAAUGUCUUUUUUUUCUUCCUAAUUUUAAGAAUAUGCCAUGAACAUUUUACCACUUACCUAUUUAUUUUAGGAUUUAUUUAAAUUAUAUAUAUCUAUAUAUAAAUAUUUAAUAUGAAUUCGCGAAAAAUAUGUAAAAAAAAAUUAUCUCCCCCUCCAUCUUAACUGACAGAAUAUUUUCGCUUCUAUUAUUGUUAGUAGUGACUUUCAAAAAGUCACCAUAAAGACGUUUACAUCCAUAGUCUUAAUGUUACACUUUAGUUAGUUAAAAAAGCAAUUCAUGAGCAGUGAAGAACAGAUAACGAACAGUUGAAUUAGCGAAAUAAAUAUCAUUUCUCCUCCUCCGACUUAAUUGACAGAAUACUUUCGCGUCUUAUUAAACUGAGUAUUGACUUUCGAAAAGAUACUAUAUAGACUUUACAUUCAUAAUUUUUAGUUUUUGUUAUAUCUUAGUUACCUAGUUAUUAUUUAAAAUACAGUCAACUGUACAAUGUAGGUUAUGUGGUACAUGUUCAUAAAGCGGUAUUUAUUUAAGGCAUUAUUAUUUAUUAUAAAUCCAUUAAUAUUAGUGAAUGAUUUAUCUUAAAUGAAUAUUAUAAAUUGAUGUCAUGUAACAGCCCGAAUUUGUUUCACAGCUGGCCUCCUUCCCUAUAAAGGAAUUGCUGGAUUCCAAUACGAAUUGCUGGAUAAACUUUUAUCAGAAUAUAUUUUUGCAAAAUGCAAUCCUUCACAAUAAUUUCCUAAAUCGAAAAACAAGAAAUGAAUUAUGCUAAGCAAGCAUCACUUAGUUUUCACGUAAAAUAAAAAAUUUAAAUGUAUUGAUGCGUGCCUUAACUUGCAAUUUUAUAAAUAAAGGCAACGCCUUUAAUCCACUCUGCCAUCUCAGCUCUUUUAUUAAACGAAACCUUAAUUUAUCAUGGGCUAAGACAAAAAAUUAUAUUAUAAUUUAUUGAU